CACGCUCGCAAAAUGGCUCUCAAGCGCAUCAACAAGGAGCUCACUGACCUCGGUCGUGACCCGCCGUCGUCCUGCUCUGCCGGCCCCAUCGGCGAUGAUCUGGUACGUAUCACUCUCGAGGAGGCAUCGGAGCGGCUGGAGCGGUUUUCAGGCCGCCGGCUCCGUCGACAAUCACAGAGGCGGGACAACAUACUGACUGAGUGCUCGCAAUAGUUCCACUGGCAAGCGACCAUCAUGGGCCCUGGCGACUCGCCAUACUCGGGAGGCGUCUUCUUCCUAGCAAUCCACUUCCCCACCGACUAUCCUUUCAAGCCGCCGAAGGUCAACUUCACUACCCGCAUCUAUCACCCGAACAUCAACUCGAACGGAAGCAUCUGCUUGGAUAUUCUACGAGACCAGUGGAGCCCGGCGUUGACGAUUUCGAAGGUGCUACUCUCAAUCUGCUCUAUGCUCACAGACCCGAACCCGGACGACCCUCUGGUACCCGAGAUCGCCCACGUCUACAAGACCGACCGCUCCCGUUACGAGUCCACAGCUAGGGAAUGGACUCGAAAGUACGCCAUCUAGCGCCCGCAAAGCGAAUCCAUGGCAUGAUACCAGUCGAGCUCUACAACGACUACCUUAACGGACCCCAUCCACCCAAUUCUCACAUGGGGCAAAACCUUGCGGCGGGGUGGACGAGGCUUGCUUUCUGAUUGCGUUCAAGUGGCAUGGAGAUGGACUCAGCGUUACUCGGCGUGGUGUUUCUUUUCCCG